CGCCGUUUGGCGCGAAGUUUUCUUUUCUCCACCUUCUUGUCUUAGCUAGCAGGCACCGGCUUUGGCUCAGGCCAGUGGCCUGUGACUGUUCAAAGACGAGCUCGGCUGGUGCAAGUCAGAGUUGCCGCAGUCCCUGGAGCUCCCGACAGGGAGGCAGUAGGAAGUUGGAGGACUUGCAGCCAACCCGAGGAAGUUUCGGCACCCGUUACUCAUAAUACUCACAUCCAGGAUCUGUCAGCUGCAAGGGAAAAUACCCCUUCCAACUGCCAGUGCAAUACAGAAGCCAUGGCAUACUACCCUACAAGACUGAAGACCAGGCGAUCUUAUUCAUGGGUUGGCAGGCCAUUGUUGGAUCGAAAACUACACUACCAAACCUACAAAGAAAUACGUGUGAAAAUGGAAGGUUCCAGUGAGAUUCAUGUCCAGGUUGGACAGUUUGUUCUGAUUGAAGGGGAUGAUGAGAAAAACCCGUAUGUUGCUAAAUUGAUUGAGUUGUUUGAAGAUGAUUCUCAACCUCGUUUCAAGAAACGCGCUCGAGUACAGUGGUUAGUUCGAUUUUGUGAAGUCCCUGUUUGUAAACAGCAUUUGCUGGGGCGGACACCUGAUGCAGAGGAGAUAUUCUGGUAUGAUUACCCUGCAUACGACUGCAACAUUAAUGCUGAGACCAUCAUUGGCUGUGUUCGGGUAGUAGCAUUAGCCCCAGAUGAAGUGAUUCCUAUGGACCUGAAAAAUGAGAAGACACUUUUUGUGAAGCUAUCUUGGAAUGAAAAUAAUUUCAGGCCACUAUCUCCAGAACUAUUUGCAGAGUUGAAUAAAUUGCAGGAAGGGAGCCCCGAGUGCCAGAACCCCGUGGGAGCCAAGACUAAGAGCACAGAAAACCCUUCUUGGACCACAGCAGAACAUGUGGUCAAAAGGAUAGAAUCGAAACAUUCUGCCUCCAAAUCUUGUCAAACUCCUGUACAUCCUGUCACCCCACGGGCAAGGAAGAGGUUGGAGCUUGGCUGUUUCCCAACGACACCUAGCACUAAGAUUUCCCAGCAGACUUCACAUGCCUCCGUAGAGUCUCCGAGGAGAAUUAAACGGAAAAUGGUCUUUGGAAUCACCUCGCCUUCUAAGAAGUCUCAGCCUGAUAGAAUUGAGAACUCAUCUCCACUUCUGAAAGCCUCAGAGGAAACUAGAGAGAUUCGACUCUCUUGUACUGAGGAUGACAAGGCUUCACCUGAAAGUCACAUGACCCUGAGAACCCGAGUUCCAGCUAUGAAAACCACAGAGAUUACUAAGGAGAGCAUGCUUAACCCUACCAAAGGGGGACGAAAAUCCUCAGGGGUGCCUGCUAUGGUUCUGAAGCCAGAAAUCAUCAGAAAGAGGGAGGCAAAAGAACCAGAAACUCAGAAGAUAGCCACCCCUACUCAUCGUACUCGCAGAGAGAGUUCUCGCUUGACUUUGAAUCGGAUUAGGCAGCAGCUUCGCUUUCUAGGUAAUGGUAAACAUGACCAAGAAGAGGAAGAGUUUCUGCCACCAUCAAAGAGUACAGACUCUAGCAGUGAGGAGGAGGAGGAAGGGGCCCCCCCACCACCCUUUCCAAGGAGGACAACCCGAAGUAUGUCUAAGAAUCUGCGUUCUUCUCGGAAGUCCAUACAGGCCUCCUCCAAGACACCAAAGAAAACUUCCACGCCUAGAACACCACGUCAUGCCUCUCCUCAGAUCCGCAGCCGAAACCUAGCAGCUCCAGAGCCGGCCAGCAUACUGGAGGAGGCCCGGCUGAGGCUGCAUGUUUCUGCCAUACCGGAGUCUCUGCCCUGUCGGGAACAGGAAUUUCAAGACAUCUACAACUUCGUAGAAAGCAAACUCCUUGACCGAACUGGAGGGUGCAUGUACAUCUCCGGUGUCCCAGGGACAGGGAAGACUGCCACUGUGAACGAGGUGAUUCGCUGCCUGCAGCAGGCAGCCCAGACAAAUGAUCUCCCCCCCUUUCAAUACGUCGAAGUCAAUGGCAUGAAGCUGACGGAGCCCCACCAAGUCUAUGUGCACAUUUGGCAGAAGCUAACAGGCCAAAAGGCAACAGCUAACCAUGCAGUAGAACUGCUGGCAAAGCGAUUCCGCACGGAGAGAUCCCCUCAGGAAACCACCAUCCUGCUUGUGGAUGAGCUUGACCUCCUGUGGACUCACAAACAAGACGUGAUGUACAAUCUCUUUGACUGGCCCACUCACAAGGAGGCCCAGCUAGUGGUCCUGACAAUCGCUAACACAAUGGACCUGCCAGAGCGAAUCAUGAUGAACCGUGUGUCAAGCCGACUGGGUCUUACCAGGAUGUCCUUCCAGCCUUACACUCACAGCCAGCUGCGCCAGAUCCUAGUGUCCCGUCUCAAACGUUUAAAGGCCUUUGAGGAUGAUGCCCUCCAGUUGGUGGCAAGGAAGGUGGCAGCCCUCUCCGGAGAUGCGCGGCGCUGCCUGGACAUCUGUAGGCGUGCCACAGAGAUCUGCGAGUUCUCCCACCAGAAGCCUGAGUCCCCGGGCCUGGUCACGGUAGCUCACUUAAUGGAAGCUGUGGAUGAGAUGUUUUCAUCUUCGUAUAUCACUGCCAUCAAAAAUUCCUCUGUUCUGGAACAGAGCUUCCUGAGAGCCAUCCUUGCAGAGUUCCAUCGAUCAGGACUGGAAGAAGCAACAUUAAAGCAGAUAUAUAGUCAGCACGUGGCACUGUGCAGAAUGGAGGGACUGCCGUACCCCACCAUGUCAGAGACCAUGGCUGUGUGUUCCCGCCUGGGCUCCUGCCGCCUCCUCCUCACAGAGCCCAACAGGAACGACUUGCUGCUCCGCGUGCGGCUCAACAUCAGCCAGGACGACGUGCUCUACGCGCUAAAAGAAGAGUGAAAGGGCUUCGCGAGGAAGGAGGGUGGUCUGCUGCUUUCUAAUAGUCCAAUUUCCUUUUCUAAGCACAAGAAAUUCUUGUAGCCAAGGACAGUAAAUGGAAAUGGCUGUCAUGUAUUUUGGAAUUGUUCAUUAAAUAAUUUGCUUUUUUUCAGAGUUUGGGAAGUUUAUAGUCAUCACAGACAUCAGGUUACAAAAAUCCAAUUGUCCUUCUUACUAAAGGCCCUACCUCUGGCUUUUUUUUCCGUC